CCUAAUAAGUAGUAUUGUUUGUUGAUUAUUAUGAAUAAUAACUAAUUUUUAUUAUAAUUUUAUAUAUAAUUAUAUGUUUACUAUUAUUAUAUAGUUGUAUAAUCAUUGACCGGUUUUCCGGCGUUGACCGGGUUGACCCACAUGGUCCGGGUUGACCCGUGACCCAGUCAUGUGGCCGGGUCACUCACCGGUCCGGUUUUUACAACAUAGCAAUUAACCACAACCGUGUGAACGCGAUGUUGACGUCAGCUCUCCAAAUUAUUCCAUGUGACACCUGACAGUCAUGUGGCCGGGUCACUCACCGGUCCGGUUUUUACAACAUAGCAAUUAACCACAACCGUGUGAACGCGAUGUUGACGUCAGCUCUCCAAAUUAUUCCAUGUGACACCUGACAGUCUAUCCAACCUGUCUUACCACCUCAUCCCCAAAAGUGAAAGACUUUUGUACAUAGUCAAACCUUUCCAGGUGACAGGUCACCCCCCACGUGUGAACACAAUAUCUGGUCGCACUUAUAUACACACUAUCCUAUAUCACUCCCUUCUCCGCUUAAGACCGGCCAAAAACAGUGCUUCGAUCAUGCAAAGGUUGACCGACAGGCUUAAGCAAACGCCCAGGGAUUUUUCACAGCCCCCGCGCCGCCAGCGAGUCUUACCAGCGAUAAGGAGGAUUCCGUCAUGGUCUCCGCCCUCAAGUGUGUCAUAGAUGGAAGCGCACCGCCGGCGCCGCCAAUGGUGUCUUGUCCUGCCGUUGUUCCGCCGGAGUUCAGCGAAGGUGAAAAGAGGAAGAAAAAGGCGGGAACGAAAUCAACGAAUAAGAAGAAGAAGAGUUACAGGGGAGUGAGGCAGAGGCCGUGGGGAAAGUGGGCGGCGGAGAUUCGGGACCCUCGGAAGGCGGCGAGGGUUUGGCUCGGGACGUUCCGAACCGCGGAAGACGCCGCCCGAGCCUACGACAGAGCCGCCGUUGAAUUCAGAGGUCCGAGAGCGAAGCUCAAUUUCUCCUUCUCCGAUUACACCUCUCCAAACACGCCGCCGGAGCAGAGCACGUCAAGCGCCUCUUCAACGUCAUCUCAUCCCCGGCAGCAAGGCGACGAGGAGUGGUCAGCGGCGGGUACGUGGAAUGAAACAGGAGUAUGCGAAUUUUUAGGAGACCAGGAUAUUCAGGAAUGGCUAAUGAUGAUGGAUUUUAAUACAUCAGAGAUUGCUUCCUUUUCGCAGUUUGGGCUAUUUGUCUAGUUAAGAGACAAAUUCCAUACAUUUUUUUAUUACAACCAUACUUGAGGUAUACAUUUUCGUACACACACUUAGACCCUUCAAAUGCGUUGUGUUUGUA